UCCACUUUACAAGAAUUCGGAGCGGGAAUAACGUGGCAGCCGCACGAAUGGAUGUAUGCUUUUGGCGGACUUUACAGUACUAACAUCUGAAGCAUUUGAGGAAAACACACGGUAUAUCGGUAUAUUUCUGAGGGUCUGACGGUAUAUUUUAUCGAUAAAUCCACUGCAUUUGAGGAAAACACACGUCCACGUACUUUCUGUUCUGAAAACGUUAAAGAAUUAGUUAAAAACGCUUCGGUAGGAUAAUAUCCAAGGGUGUAUGCCCAUUAACACGUAACUACGGGCGCCAUUCGAUACAGCUGCAGGGCUUACAACAUCUUCAAAGGUGAAAGAGCAACUCCAAGGCAACGUCAACAAUUUUCAUAGCUGUGAGCAAACAAUUCAGUUUUGUGCAAUUCGUCAUGUCCAACUCCGCUGCCGGACCCACCAAGCAGGACCUCGAGUCCGUGUUCAGUCGCCUGCGUGCUCAGCCAGCCAAUAAAUCCUGCUUCGAUUGCGCGGCCAAGGCACCCACCUGGUCAUCCGUCACGUAUGGCAUCUUCAUUUGCAUCGACUGCUCGGCCGUCCACCGGAACCUGGGCGUUCACCUGACCUUCGUGCGGAGCACCAAUCUGGACACGAACUGGACGUGGCAGCAGCUGCGCCAGAUGCAGCUCGGCGGCAAUGCCAACGCUUCGCAGUUCUUCCGCUCCCACAACUGCACCAGCUCCGAUGCCCAGGUCAAGUAUAACUCGAGGGCGGCCCAGCUCUAUCGGGACAAGCUUAGUGCCCAGGCCCAGCAGGCCAUGAAGGUGCACGGAACCAAGCUGCAUCUUCUGGAGCCGGCGGUCGACAAGAGCGAGGGCAACGAGGCUGCCAAGGAGGAGGACUUCUUCGCUCAGUGCGACAACGACAAUGUCCCCCCAGCGGACUUUAACGCGGAAAACAACAACAUCAGCAAGGUGGAGACGAAACCGACUCCAUCGCUUACUAAUCUGGAGACCCAGCUAAGCGGCGCCCCCAGCGUGGAUUUGCUCAACUCGGUGGUGGCAUCGUCCGUGCCCUCUUCCAUAGGAGUGCGCAAGAUACAGCCCAAGAAGGGAGGGCUGGGCGCUCGUAAGGUGGGCGGCCUGGGAGCCACCAAAGUAAAGACAAACUUUGCCGACAUUGAGGCUCGUGCCAAUGCGGCCAACGAGAUGAAGACGUCCAGCGUCCAGGCAGCACCCGCUGACAAGCCCCAAACCGCCGAAGAGGAGCUGGAGACGGUAGCCAGCAUGCGUCUGGCCUACCAGGAACUAUCGGUACAGAAGACACGCGAAGAAGCAAAGCUGAAGACCAUGGAUCCGGCCAAGGCCAAGCAAAUGGAGCGUCUGGGCAUGGGCUUCAGCUUGCGGGGCUCCGAUAUGGCCCACUCCGCCAUCGGGGACAUGGCGACCAUCCAGCAGACGGCGGCUCCCAAGAAUAAACUGUCUUCGCUGGAGAAUGACAACUUCUUCACCGACUACUCGCUGUACAGCGGUGGCGGUGGCGGUAGCGGCACUGCCGGCGGCGGCGGCGGAGGAGGAUACUCUAGCGAGAAGCGGGAGAGUUCGACUGGCGGGUCCAGCAAACUGGAUAAAUUCGAACUAGACGCGUUGGGCUACGAGACUAUCGAGCCCAUAGGCGGCACGCAUAGCAACAUCACGUCCAUGUUUGCCAACAGCUACGACUACGACAAGCCCAAGGCGUCGGGGAAGACGGCCAGCGGCUCGGGUGCCACAUCCUCCUCCUCCUCCUAUGCAACCAGCAAGAGCAAAAGCACCGCCAGCAACGAUCCCGUGAUAGCCCAACAAAAGUUUGGCAACUCGAAGGGCUUUGGCUCCGACCAAUACUUCGCCAGCGAACAUUCGUCUUCUGACGCUGGCGCGAGUCUGAAUCGAUUCCAGGGAUCACGUGCCAUAUCCUCGUCGGACUACUUCGGCGACGGAUCUCCUGUUGGCAGGGGAAGCGGUGGGUAUUCAUCUUCGAACUUUAAUGCCCCCGACCUAGACGUGGAGAGCGUGAAGGAGAGUGUGCGCCAAGGCGUCCACAAGGUGGCCGGGCGCCUCAGCAAUCUGGCCAACGAUGUGAUGUCCUCGCUGCAGGACAAGUACGGCUACUGAUAUCAGAAGGACGGCCACAGCCAAAGCCACAGCCAAAGGAGUCGCAGGAGCAGCACCAGUGGCGGAGGUGGAGGUGGAGGAGACACUAAAAUUAAUGUUUUUAUAUAUUAGUCACACAAAAGUUGAGCGAUUAUGCAGAAAGUUAUAAACAAUUCCGAGCAGUUAAACCAUGUAGCCUAGCAUCAGAGGAUUAAUCCCCGGAUACCUCUAUAGUUCUUGUAUAAAGAAAAAUGAAUAACGAAAUCCAGCAGUCUAGAAAGCUGUACAAUACGCGUAGUGUCUUUUAAAAUACCUAUAUAUAUAUAUACAUGCAUGCAAACAUACACGUACGAUGGAUGCUAUACGACCGAGAAGAUGUAACAUUUGCGAAGGAUCAAUGCAUACGCCCCUUAGCUAUAAGUCGAGCCUAUAGCCGAAUGAUAGUUGAUUUUUUUUCUUCAUUUAAGAGCAUUUACUUUGUCCAUUUCCAGUUUGAUUGUAUCUCGAUAGGCUUAGAUCUUGGCUCGAGAUCACCGUCAAAUGAAACAGAAAACAUAAAUAUAUUAGAAAUGCAUAGCGGAUCGUUUCCCCAACCGAAUAA